AAUCAUGUGGUAGUCCAUCACCUGCUGUAAUGAAACAGGUGUUAUACCGUGAGUAUCUCUUUCUCGAUACUUACCUGUGAUCGAACAUGUUAUAUAUUUUCGAUCACAAUUUGAUUUCGUGAGGGCCUAACGUAGACCAACUUAUGAUAACAAGAUUCGAGAUUGUUAAAACGGAUAAAUCAUAGCGAGAUUUACUUUCUGUUUCAUGUUUGUGCACGGCAAAUCUAGACGUUGCAUAAUGUAGGAUAGAAUGCGAUUUAGUACUGGAUUACAUAAGGUGACAGAAUCGUGAGAGAGUUCUAGGCUAUGUAGUGCACAGGUAUCCCAAAAGAAUAAAAUUGUGUUUGUAUGCAGGGACAGAGAUGGCACAAUGGAUGAAGAUGAAAUAAGGGAAAACAUUCACAACUGUGUUAUCCCAGGAAACAGUGACCCAGCAGAGGUUGAAAGGUUAAGUUGCCAUGGAGACGGGGAGAAGUUCAAGAGCUUAGGUGACAAUGAUGACAGUGGUAUCACAGAGACACCAAGUCGGACAUCAAGCAUAUCACAGAGCACGACAGACAGAAUAGAUUCUGACUUAGAGUCCAUAGCCUCAGCCUCCCAGCUCACAUCUAGCCGUAGACACAGUGGGUCUAGCCCGCAGAAAGGCAAUGUCCGAUUUCAGACCGAUGUGGAGGAUAGUCUGACCUGCUCAUCAGAAACCCUCAAUCCUGAGAAUGUCAAGGUUCCUAUUCUCGGGUAUGAGACGAUGGAGGAGAGAUCCAGAUUCACAGUAUUUCGUUUGUGUGUCCAGAAAUCGGAGCAUGAUGUGUGGCAUGUAUUUCGACGCUACACAGAUUUCGUGCAGCUGAACGAUAGGUUAAGGAAGUGUUUUCCAAACAUUAGACUAUCCUUGCCACCCAAGCGAUGGUUCAGGGACAACUUUGACAAGAAUUUCAUUGAGGACAGGCAGCUUGGUUUACAGGCUUUUAUUGAUAAUUGUGUCGGACACAAAGAAAUCUGCAACAGCAAACCGGUGCGAGAGUUCUUCUGUUUCGACGACCCCCCAGGCCCACAUGACAGUAUAGAAGAAAGCAGGGCUCUUUGUGAAUCGCUGGAGGACACAAUGUACAAUCUGAGAAAGGAGCUGAAGGAGAAGAAUUCAGAGAUUGACCUUUUACACGAUGAACUGGCGUUGUACAAACGUCAGGUGGAGAUGCUUACGACCGCUCUCAGGAAAAACAAUGAAAGUAAAUCAUCGUCCGAGUCUCCAGUAUCUUCCACUUCAUUGGCCGAGUGUGACCUAUUAACCUGUACAGAGGUUGACCAAUCACAGCUUCAGACUAAAACCACUGUAGAGAAAGUUUCAGAAAAUUGUACAAAUUACCAGUCCAGGUCACUGGAUGGUUUCUUGCCUAUGACAGCAGCGAAAUUCAGACUAGGUGGAAGAUUUUGGACCAACAUAUUUGAGGAGGAGGAGGACAUAUCUAAAUCAGAGAGUGUAGCAUUAGGGGAGGUAACUCCAGCCCAGAUAGAAGAGUCUCCUACAGUCAAGCCGAGCUCUAGUCCGGAGGACAAAACCACGAAAAAGAAGAAACGAUCCUCUAUAUUCAAGUUUAGGAAUAGGCCCUCUGCGGUGGAGAUGAAUUAGUUUAGUACACAGUGAAUCAAACUGCAGUAAUGUUUCAUGUGAAAUGCUGAAGAUUGAUGCUUUUGCUUGUUGUCAAUGAAAUUCUUGUCAAAGCUGUGCUUGAACCUUUAGUGUUGAAUAUCGUUUUGUUUUAAGAUUACUGGUAUUGUAUUCGAGUGACUGACCAAUGGUCAGGAUGAUUUUAACAGUGACAUGGCAUAAUUCAAUGAGAAGAUAUGUAAUUAUAAUCACCACUAGGUUUUAUGAUAUUUGAAGGUACCAGUUUUUGCUGUAUCUAAAUUUUAGUGUUGGCAUGUUAUAAAACAUGGCAGUGUGUGAGAGAUUGAUUCUGGAUUGACUAAUGGUCAUGAUGAUUUGAACAAUGACAUCGUAUAAAUUUAUUGUUAAGAUGUGUAAAAAUACAAUACUUUGAGAUGUUUUUAUUUGCCAUUUUAAAAAUUCAGUGUAGUCAAUAUUAUACAUUGUGCUGCAUGAGAUUGAUUAUUUUCUGUGUGAUGCAUUAUUCAUUUAGUCUCUGGUUAUUAAUAGAUUAUUUUAUAAAUACAAUGUAUGUCACUAAGUUUGAAAUACAUGUAUAUUAAUGGUUCAUUUCGCAGCAUUAUAUGUAAUCUAGUAAGUUUAAUUGUAGAUUAGCAUUAUGCAAGACACACAUACAAAGUUGUGAGUUUCCAUAAAGAGUUAUUUCCCUGUGUGAGGGUACUGCAGUGAGAAUUAAUGACUUAAUGAAAGAAUAGAAUAUUUCUCUAUUGUGUGACAUCAGAAUCACGUUUUCUCUACAUUUAAGAAAUGCGCUUUGUUACAAACAUUUAUCAAGAUGCACAGAUUAUUCUUGAAUCAUGCAUUGUACAAAGUUCUUGAGCUAUUUUUUUUAUGGUGAUUGUUAAGAUUCAUGAUUUUGACAGAUUACACAAAUGCAUGUACGACUAGAACACAAAGACUGAUUACACAACCACAUGUAUGACUAGAACACAAUAACUGUUAGUGAUUAGAUAUGGCAAUGUUUUAUACAUCUCAAUGUCAGGGUGUUUAGAGACAGAAGUGUUCAUUUAACUGUGAUGUAUUUAGAGACAGCAGUGUUCAUUUAACUGUGAUGUAUUUUGCUUUGCUUUAGAUGAUCAACAUACAUCAUUAUGUAGACCUAAUUAACACAAGAUCCUUAAUUAGAUUGUCAUCCUACAGUAGUACAGAGAUUUUUAAGGUUGAUGUACCCAGGUGGUGGUAGAAUUCUUUGGGUCUUUAGUCUCUAGAGUUGGUGCUAUUUUUAGAUGAUAUCUUUGACCUCCCUUUUUUUAUUGAAAGAAAACACAAGGUUAAGAUUUGAUUUCUUACUACAUUUGUAUUAGUUUAUACACUGCAUGAUGGGAAAUCUGAUGGUAAUCCUUCUAUGUUGUUUGCCUGACUCCUCGCUUGUUUAGUGGUAGUAACACGUGUGUAUAGUUUCUUUAACUGCCAACACAAAGUGCAAUUUUUCUGUGAUCUCACCAACGUGUUUGUAGAAAACAAUGAACUAAUAUUUAACUGUUGCUGUGGUGUUUAUGAUUUAAUUUUUUUUCUUUCCAUUCCCUGACAAUAUAUCUAAUUUAGUUUAGAAUACUCUUUUGCAAAUGCUUAAUUUGAACAGGAUUGUCCGAAGCCAUGGUUUGGCGCCAUUCUUCUCCCUCCUACCCGUGGCUGUGUAAGCACAGUCUCGUAAAUUCAUCAAUAUUCUAGAAUUUGUUAUGUCAACUUUCAUAAUUGGUUUGCGUAUCAUUGCUUUAGGUAGAUCGUUUAUCCCAUGGUAGCGUCUUAUGUAGAGUACAUACAUGUAUGUACUCUAUAUCACUGAUUAGCAAGUUUUGAUACCAUCUCAUAAGAAGUAGAGAAGACUGCUCCGAUGCCUAAAUACAUUAUCAUUGCAUCUCCAUCCUCAAACAUGAUGUCAACAACAGCUAUGAUGGGGCAUCCAAAGGUCGCUGUAAGGUCAUAUUCCAACCAUGCUUUACUCUCAUUGAUUAAAAAAUAUUUAUGACCUGUAAGAAAUUUUAAUAGCAUUGAAGCUCAGGUAAAAGAGGAGGUAGGGGAUGAUGUAUUUUGCCAGUGGCUUGCGACAAUGAUGUUCAAUUUUUAGAUUUUCUAUAAUUGCUGUGCAUUUAAUGGACCCUUCCAUAGCACGAGUGUUACAAUGAAACUGUCACGAGUUCAUGAACAUGUGGAUAUAUUUUGCCAGUGGCUUGUGACAAUGAUGUUCAUUAUUUAGAUUUCCUAUAAUUGCUGUGCAUUAAAUGGACCCCUCCAUAGUGCAAAUGUUGCAGUGAAACUGACGAGUUCAUAAACAUGUGCCAUUGGAUAAUUGUUCAUGUUUUCAAUAAAUGUUUUACCAGCA